CCCUUCUACGGCGCACCUGUCUAUCCGUCGCCGCCGCCGGCCGCCGCCAAGUUCGCCGCCCCGCCCGGCCACGGCGACUACGGAGGAGACUACAGCGCCGGGUACGGCGACUACGGCGCCGCGUACAGCGACUACGGUGGCGGCUACGGCGACUACGACGGCUACGGCUGGUACGGCGGCGGGUACGCCGUGUCGGGAGCUGGCAACGCUGCGGCGGACGGCGCCGACUGGGAGGGCGCAGACCCCGCGCGCGCCGCCCCCAGGGGCCUCCCGCGUCGGGGAGGGCGCGGUUUCAGCAAGGCAAUGCCGUACAAGUCAAAUAACCGCUUCAACCCCAUGGGUUCCGGUCUAUGAGCUUACGUCGGUGCACACGGCGAUGGUCAUCCCGUGCAUGCGUUGUGCCGACUCUUCACUGAGGCAUCGAAGAGAGCUUUGUCCACGAGAGAAGUGUAGUUGUUUUCGUCAUUGUCGGUCAUUUUCGUGUGGUUGAAAGGCGUGGGAGCGCGGAUUGCGGACCCGUCGGUGGCCCGGCCACGGGACGCAUAUGCGCAGUGCAUUGCCUCGUUUGUGAUACAUGAUAUUCAUCGUUCGGCCAUGUGGUGUUUGGAUGGUCUGCGGGACGGAACAGGCGACGUUUUAACGAGCCAGGGACUUAACAGCCGGUCUUGAAACCACUUAAAAUCAGAGAGCCUUCCUCAUCUUGCAGGGUGUGAAAGGACGUUGGAUUUGCGACGAUAGGCCCCAACGCACACAUGCAUUCUCAAACAUAAGGGAAUGUACAUGAGCUUCUACGUUCCAGCUUCACGGACGGUGGCGCCAAUCUCACUCUGAAACCCGAUCCGUCCACAACGACAUCUAUCCUCGGGCAGACAUAUCCGGUUAUAACAGGAUCAGUGGGUCGGUGCUCAGGGGCGGAGACAGCGCAAGAUGCUCCAGACAACCACAAAAGACCGGGCGCAGCGAAGGAGGCCCGGCGCUAUCCAACUGAAGAGAACAUUGGGAGCGAUCUUUUUAUCCGGCGCCUGCUGUCGCCGACUCACGAUCGAAGCCCACGUACCGCCGUUGGUUCCGUGCGGCCAGCCAAUGGCGGGCACGUGGGACCGAGCACGUGGUCGAUAAAAGGCGGCGCCUGCCUGCCGCCCAGUCCAGUACAGCUGCUAUCGGCCUGCGGCGCUCGUCCGGCGCGUGCCUCUCCUGCUCCGUCGUCAUGGAAACGGGCCCGGUGUGCAUGAUCGACCCGUCGGAGGUGUACCGGCCAGACAUCCCGUCCAGCAAGGCCAAGGGUCUGUUCCGCGAGUUCAGCGUCGACAAGACGGACCCCAUCCAGAUGCGGGUGCGCGAGACCUACAUGAAGAUGCACACUCAUCAGACAGUCGAUUACGUCACAAGGAAGAUGGCGCACUGGCUGCGGUUCGACAAGUUCGAGGCCACCAUCCUGGAGGCACUGGAGAAGCUGAACGACCUGGUGGACGAGGCGGACCCGGACACGGACGUGCCGAACAUCGUGCACGCCUUCCAGACGGCCGAGCGCAUUCGACAGGAUUUCCCUGACGACGACUGGUUCCACCUCACCGGGCUCAUCCACGACUUGGGCAAGGUCAUGGCGUUUUACGGCGAGCCGCAGUUCUCGACGGUGGGGGACACGUUCGUGGUCGGCUGCCGGGUGGGCGACUCCGUCGUCUACCGCGACACCACCUUCCACAACAACAGCGACCUGGCCGACUCCCGAUACAACACUGAAAACGGCAUGUACCAGCCAGGCUGCGGGCUGGACAACGUGCUCAUUUCGUGGGGACACGACGAGUACUUGUACCGAGUGUUGAAGCACAACAGGUGCACCAUCCCCGAGCAGGGUCUGGCGAUGAUAAGGUUCCACAGCUUCUACCCCUGGCACACGGGCGGCGACUACAUGCACCUGUGCAACGAGCACGACCUCCGCAUGCUGCCCUGGAUCCGUCGGUUCAACAAGUACGACCUCUACACCAAGUCUGACACGAUGCCCGACAUACCGGCCUUGAUGCCGUACUACCAGGGCCUCAUCGACAAGUACUGCCCCGGCAAGCUCAAGUGGUAGCGCCGCAGGACUCGGAGCGGUGUCUGCGCACCGCCGGCGAGCGCACCUGCGCUCUCAGUGCAUUGGGGCGCAGUGCACUUUUUUCCAUUGCACACAGCGCACUGGGGUGCUGGAGUGCUGUGCGUUCAUGACCUAUGUUAGGUCGACAUUGGUGAUAAGCGGCUGCGUCAGAGGGGUUACCAGCGAUUUAAAUGCUCGGUUGGCUCAGUCUUAGACGGGAGGGGUGUAAUGCUUCGUAACCCGCGCAUUGGCAUGGUUUGUUGAUAUGGAGGAUCAGGGACACUCACGUGCAAUAGGAUCAGCAUUACUGCUUGGAAGUGCGUCGCGUCGCUGGAGGCCGUGCCGCCGUGCUGUUUUGCCUCCUUACCUCAAUUCGGGUGAGAGAGUGGUGUUUUACUACUUAUAUAGACCUUUGAGAUCGAUGUUUGAUGGUGGUGGGCGUUGUGGACUGUUAUGGAGCGACUUCUGAACGUGCUCGACAAGCACUUCGGCAAAGGUGCGGUAUGUGAUCAUCCCGUCGUACUGCCCUGCCUCAGAUUGCCUGAGAUUUGCAGUGUUCGGCUGUAUGCGAGCCAAUUGAAUGGACUACGAUUUGAAUACUCACGAUCCCGCAGC